AUGUGCAGUAGGCGGGUCUUCAGGGACUUUUCAAAGUUGUUUACUGUUCGAGGGUAUUGCAGUAAAACUACUCUGUCAAAUUCUGAAGUCCGAGCACUGAGAAAUGAGAUAUUUGAGAAUGAGAAACAAAGACAGAUGGCACUGGUAACAAGAGUUGAGAAAAUACAAGUUAAAAAUGUUGAUGACAUAAAUCCAUGUAAACUUAUCAUGAAUAAAGGUUUAUCAACGCCGUACAAUAUUGCAAUGCAUUUCAAUAAAUUUUACCGAGACAGAUCGGCAUUAGCAUUAGUAAAUGGUGAAUUAUGGGAUAUGUUGAGACCAUUAACAGAUGACUGUGAAGUCACGUUAUUACAUUUCAAAUCUGAUGAUCCAAGGGAAGUCAAUAAGGCAUACUGGAGAUCAUGCUCACAUAUGUUGGGAAAUAUAAUAGAUAGUGCAUUUAAAAAUGAUUAUUUUAUUGAAUUGGUCAAAGUUCCUGAUAUUCCUGUCACUGCCGGUUGUUUUGCGUAUGAUGCUGAUUUGAAAAUGGAUUCCUGGAAACCUACAACCAAAGAAUUGAUGUGUUUGGGUCAGGAGGGAUUCCGCUUAUAUGAACAGUCGCUUCCAUUUGAAAGAUUAGAAGUAGACACGAGUAUAGCUUUACAGAUCUUUAAACACAAUCAAUAUAAAAAGCAACAAAUAGAAGAAUGUGGAAGGUCUUCUAUAGUGUUAUAUAGGUGUGGUGAUUUUGUAGAUAUCAGUGAUGGUCCCAUGGUUACCAAUACAGGAUUUGCACGCAAUUAUUCAGUUACAGCAGUGCAUGACAUCAUCAGUAAAACUUCAUCAAGGGGUUGCCUUCAGAGGUUCCAGGGAGUAGCAUUACCAAGAGACUUUUACAAGAUUCAUCACACAACAUGGGAACCAAUUGAAGAAAGGGCCAGUAAACCUGUGUACAUUGACAGUGAAGGACCCUGGGAAGCUGACAAAGAAAACUUGAAAGAUGAAGCAUCUGGUUGAUAAUUUUUUAUCCUCUGAAUAAAAAGCAGACUUUUGGUGAAUGGCACUGUAAACUGACCAAGCAAGAUACCACAUUAUUGUUGGACAUGUCUUUUAACCGCUUUCACAAUUUUUCUUUGAAAUUCUUGGACAAUAUCAGCACGAAACUUGCUAUUGUUGACACUAUUGUUUCUCCUACAGUGCAUCGUGCCACAUAAACCAUAUUUUAUAUUCAGCACUACAUAACAGGGCUGUGUGACCACCAUUCUAUCGCAAUGAAUUAUGGCAAUUCAGUUUUCUAUCUCUAGUCAAACAAGCAGUAUCUUACAAUGCUAAAAAGUCUUGAUUUCAAUAAAUUAACUUGUUUAAUAAAUAA